AUGCCACAAGCUGUGUUUUCACCCAUCUAUAAAGAUUUACGAAUUAUGCCCUCACAUUCUCAAGCCGCCGUGUUUCACGGUGGGAAUCAGCCUUUGGAAUUGCGAGAGAUUGCGCUCCCGACGCUUGCGGCCGGCGAGGUGUUGGUCGACGUGGAGUGCUGCACGCUGUGUGGUAGCGAUCUGCAUACGUUCAGUGGCCGCCGCGAAACGCCGGUUCCGACCAUCUUGGGGCACGAAAUCAUGGGCCAUGUGGCCGAGUUGCCCUCGGGCGACGAGUUGCGUGACGCCCGGGGCGAACCGCUGCGGGUGGGCGAUCGCAUCACCUGGUCGGUGGCGGCUAACUGUGGUGACUGUUUCUUCUGUACUCACGGGUUGCCGCAAAAGUGCGAGCGGCUGUUCAAGUACGGGCACGAACGCAUCGACGGCCCCCAUCCGCUCAGUGGCGGGCUCGCUGCUCAUUGCCACCUGAGCCGAGGCACGAGCAUCUACAAAGUCGAUCCCGCGCUUCCCCGCGAAGUGGCGGCUCCGGCCAGUUGCGCCACGGCCACGGUGGCCUGUGCAUUACGGGCGGCCGGCGAUCUCAGCGACGCGGUGGUCGUAGUGCAGGGAGCUGGCACGCUGGGGCUGACGGCUUGCGCGAUGUUGCGACAUCAGGGUGCCCGCGAAGUAUUGCUGUGCGAUGUUGACCAGCAGCGACUGGCCCGGGGGGCUGAUUUCGGGGCCACGCAAACGGUGCUUGUUGGCGAUGACCCAGAGGGUUUGCGGCGGCUGGUGCACGAGCGUUCGGCCGGCCGUGGCGCCGAUGUGGCUUUGGAACUUUCCGGUUCUUCCGCGGCGGUCGAACAAGUGAUUCCGCUGCUUCGCGUGGGCGGCGUGUAUGUGUUGGUGGGGGCGGUGUUUCCCGGCCCCGCGGUCAGCAUUGCCCCGGAACGCAUCGUUCGUGGGUGCCUGUCGAUUAUCGGCGUGCACAACUACGCCCCUGUCGAUUUGGGCACCGCGCUCGACUUUCUGGUCGCCUCGCAGGGAGAAUAUCCUUUCGCAGAACUGGUUGCGGCCAGCUACCCGUUGUCGCAGGCUCAGCAGGCGUUCGAGUUCGCACUCGAGCACGCGCCGCCCCGGGUGCUUGUCAAAGGGCGUCGCAAAGUUCGUUACGAAACGUUCGAAGAUCUGGUGGCCGACGCCGAGCGACUCUCGCAGGGGGAGGUCACCUCGCUGGGUAACUGGUCGCUGGGGCAAACGCUGAAACACAUCGGGGCCGCCAUGCACGGCUCGAUCGAUGGACCGGCGUUCAAUGUUCCUUGGUGGCUGAAAGCCGUGGGUCGCGUUUACCUGUGGCGAAAGCUGGUUUACGGACCGUUCCCGGCCGGGUUUAUUCUGCCGCGUUCGACCCGGGAGAAGAUCGUCUUCAAGGAAGACACCUCGUACGAAGAUGGGAUGGCCAUGCUGCAAAGCGGUAUCCAGCGGCUGCGAAGCGAACCGCAGCGAAUCGUGCAUCCGGUUACCGGCCUGCUCACUCGGGAGCAAUGGGAUCGGUUUCAUCUUACCCACGCCGAGAUGCACAUGAGUUUUCUGCUGCCGGUCUUGCGAUCUCUACGAUUUGUUGCCGGGCGAAAAGAAAAGAAGUCGCUUCGCCAGCUCGGCAGUUUUGGAACGGAUGCGUGUGAAUCACGACAAGGAGGCAAACGAGUCAUGAAGCGAACUACGUCAGCAACCGUUCGUCGUAGCUGCCAGCAACACGCAGGCGCGCUGCUGGUGCUGGCAUUCGUCCUGGUCGCACCCGCCGUGGCCGCCGAACCCAAAGUGGCCUUCGACGUGAGUUAUGCCGUCGAGUGCCGCGACGUGACGCUCGAUGAGUUCUUCGUCACGAACCCCGAUGAGAAGAUCGUUGAAGCGACCUAUCGCGUGUCGGUGCUCAUGCUCUCCGGUCGCGAGGAGGACCUCGAUGAGCUGAUGUUCGUGGUGACCAGUCCCGCGCGCCGGCUGCGGGUGGUCGACUUCCUGCCGCGGACCGAGGUGACGACCGACAUUGAAGGCCCGGUCGAAGUAACUGGCACUGUCGAAGAUGCCAAAUCGUUCGACAUCUCCUUGGGUGGAAAAGCCUCCGGGGAAUAUGCGAACAUCGAAGGCAGCCUGGCUCCUUCGGCCGGCGUCGGGCGAACGCAUCGCGAGUUGGAAAACGAAACCUACAAGCGGCUGCCACCCAAACAGCUAUUGCUGGCUUCGGGCACCAUGGCUCGGGAGUACGGCGUGUUUUUCAAGUUGAAGCCAUCGACGCAGGCCUCGUUCGAAGGGAUGCGUGAGUUUGUUGUGCAGUAUGUGGUGCCCCGGCAUUGGUCGGGCGAUUGGGCUGCGGUCGACUGCAUCGCGAAGGCCACCACGAAGAGCUAUUUCCGCGAGAAGCAGGUCGAAGUGGGGCGGCGCCGGGUGUAUGUGGGGCUGUAUCAACAAGGCGAUGUGCAGGCGAAGGCAGCCGCCCGACGGUUGAGCGAAUCGCAGCGCCAGAUCGAAAGCAAGCUCAACGGCGGGCGGGACAAUGACCCCGGGCUUUCGCUGAGCGGCGUCUAUCAUGUAGCCAAGCCGGUGCUUUCGCUCCCCGGCGAGGUGCCUGGCCUGUCGCUGCUGUGCGGCGAGAAGGACAGCCCGCAGGCCUCGGCCAUCACGCAAAGGACGUUCGCCGAGAACGAAUAG